AUGAUGUCUGCAGAGAAUCAUGCCACUGGACAAGCGGCUACUGGCAAGAAGGAAGACGGAUAUCUACAACAAGAAAAAAUCAUUAAUGAAGAAUACAAGAUUUGGAAAAAGAACUCGCCAUUCUUGUACGAUUUGGUAGUCACUCAUGCACUGGAAUGGCCUACUCUUACCGUCGAAUGGCUGCCCGACAUUGAAAGACCAGCAGGCAAAGACUAUACAGUGCAAAGGUUACUCCUUGGAACGCACACGUCUGAAGGAGAACCAAACUAUUUGCAGUUUGCUGAAGUUCAUCUCCCAAACGAUUUGGCUGAUGGUGAUAAAAAGUAUGACGAUGAACGAGGAGAGGGCGGUGGAUUCGGGGGCGCUGAAUCCAAAAUUAAAAUUGUACAAAAGAUUCCUCAUGAUGGUGAAGUCAACAGAGCUCGAUACAUGUCAACCAAUCCAGACAUCAUCGCUACCCGGACAGUCUUAGGUCCAGUCUACAUCUUUGAUCGAACUCGACAUGCUUCAACGCCAAAGGAGAAUGACGUGUGUUCGCCUGAAAUCAGACUAGUUCAUCAUUCCAAGGAAGGAUAUGGUAUGGCUUGGAAUCCCAAAGUACCAGGUUCAUUGUUGACUGCAUCUGAGGAUACUACCGUCGCUCAAUGGGAUGUAAAGGGCACCACCAAAGAAAAGAAGCAAAUGGAGCCUCUUCGUGUAUAUUCAGGUCAUUCUGCUUGGGUUAUGGAUGUUGCGUGGCACAUGAAGGAUGAAUGCUUGUUUGGAUCAGUUGGAGAUGACAAAAAGCUUUUAAUCUGGGACACUCGAAACAAAGACACUACCAAAGCCGUCAACACUGUCGAACGAGCACACAACUUUGAAGUCAGUUGCAUAUCCUUCCAUCCAUCAAAUGAAUAUCUCUUGGCUACCGGCUCGGCAGACAAGACUGUAGCACUAUGGGACAUGAGAAAUUUCAAGAUGAGGUUGCAUACUUUUGAAUCUCAUCAGGAUGAAAUUCUCCAAGUUGGAUGGUCUCCUCAUCACGAGACGAUUCUUGCAUCAUCAUCUGGAGAUCGUCGAUUGAAUGUAUGGGAUUUGAGUCGUAUUGGCGAAGAGCAGACUGCCGAAGAUGCAGAGGAUGGACCACCAGAACUCUUGUUUGUUCAUGGAGGCCACACCAACAAGAUAUCUGAUUUCAGUUGGAAUCCCAAUGAGCCAUGGGUCUUGUCUAGUGUAGCCGAAGACAAUGUUUGUCAAGUGUGGCAAAUGGCCUCGAAUAUUUAUGCCCUAGAUGAUCGAGAAGUGGCAGCCGAACUAGAGUAA